GGCAAUUAAAAAAUAAUAAAUAAAAUAAAUUUUAAUCCUCUACCAUUUCCAAGUCAUUUUCAUAAUAAAGUAAAAUAAAUAAAUGUUUUAUUGAUUGUGAACAAACCAAUGAAUCGAAAAUUCUCGAAUGCUGCAAAUCGGAAGCUCUCUUUCCCGGCCGCGCUCGACCUUCUUAAUGCCAUUGAUUGGAGAAUCUUCUCUAAUAAACCUCUACUAUUUGCUUCUCUUUUGCAAACCAGUACUAAAGCUCUGUCAUUUCGCUCUGGACUUCAAAUUCAUGCCCAUGUAGUGAAGUCCGGCCUCGAGACCGAUAGAUUUGUGGGGAACAGCUUGCUCGCGCUUUACUUCAAGUUGGGUUCUAAUUUCGUCGAGACUAGGAGACUUUUCGACGGGCUCCAUUUCAAAGACGUGAUUUCCUGGAACAGCUUGCCCCAAUCAUGUAAUUUCCAGCGCGUUGAUUGAUAUGUAUGGAAGGAAUCUGGGUCUCGAUGAUGCACGCUAACUGUUUGACGAGUUGCUCCAACCAGACGCUAUUUGUUGGACGAGUUGCUCCAAGGUAAAGAAGUUCAUUGCCAGUAUGUGAGGAGAGGUGGGUGGCGAGAUGUCAUUGACUCAUUGUGGAGUCGGAUUGACGGAUUUAGUCGACCUCUAUGCAAAAUGUGGCUCUGUCGAUUUCGCUUACAGGGUGUUUGAACAAAUGUUAAUGAGAAUAAAUGUUUUAUUUAUUUUACUUUAUUUUGAAAAUGAGUUGGAAAUGGUAGAAUAUUAAAACUUAUUUUAUAUUUUAUUUUUUAAUUGCCCCGUCACUGAGUUAACGGUCAACUUUGAGGGUUGACUGCCAUAUCAGACAAAUUUAACGGAGUUGGACGGAGAAUGACCAAACUUAAACCAUUUAACUAUUUUUUUUAAUCUUAGUAACCAACCUUGUAAUUAACCCUUUGAUUCUUUCUUUUACCAAACUCACAAAACCUAUGUCUUAUAACCCAUUCAAAGUCACGACUCUAAUAAACUCAAUUGAUAACCAAAUUAUGUGAGUUCCUAGAUCAUCAAACCAAGAUCAAAACACAACCACUAGUCACUAUUAAAUUGUAUCCGUUGAGAUUUGCUAUUGCUAAUCCCAUCGAGUUAUGGCAAACAUGACCCAUCUCAGACACUAUCAAUAUGCUUUAGUUAAAAGCAUGGAACAGGAAACCGGAUCGUACCGGUCGGUUCAAUCGAAAAAACUGGGAACCGGACUGAAGCGACGAAGAAAGAGGAGAUUAACCUAGAUUGGCGCUUUUUAUGGUCGAUUUGGUAGGGGGUGGUUCUAUUUCUACAGUUGGAGGAGUAAAUCGAGAGAAGAGGCAGAACGGGGAGAAGUAAAUAGAGCGAGGAAGGAGAAGGAGUUCUCCGUUGUUUUUGACAGACAUACAUAAAAAAAGGGAUAGAAGAUGGAAGGUUGGGACUUGGUCUGGGGUUUUCUUUUUUGGUAUAUUUUUUCUUGCCAAAUGAUAGAGGAAGGAGAGAACAAGGUGAAGAGGCAGUAGGGUUUCUUGCUCUCCCUCUUACGCCAUCUUUAUAUUGUAUUUCAAAACAUAACCAAAUGACCCACUUGUUUCUUCAAAAUUACCCCCUUGCCACCUUGAUUUUGUAAAAAUACUGUGAUGAUCCUUUAUUGAGUCCCCUGAUGAUUCAACAACAAAAAAAUCAUGAUGAUGUAAUUAUUUAAAAUGUUAGAUUUUAUAUGAUAAUUUGUCCAAUUUAUGGCCGAUUUGAUUUUUAUUCUAUGAUUAUUUAGUAUUUUAUUAUUCGUUGUCCGAUAUUAUUCCAGUAUAAUUCCGGUAUUACUUCGAUAUGGUAGGCUAUUUUUUCCGACACGGUAUUUUAAUGAAAAUAUUUAUUUUUUAUUAAAAAAUUGGUAUUUUAUCGUUAUGAAAUGAUUGAACCACGGUCGUACCACAAAAUACCCUGCCACAAACUUAUCCGGUAUGAUCUCCGGUACAGUUUCUUGAACCAUGGUUAAAAGGUUAUUUAACAUUCGCUAUUUCAAACUUUAAUAAAACUUAAUUUUAUUA